GUGCCCCUUUGGGCUACCGACAGGUGAGUCAGACUAGGCCUGGGUCGGCUCGACCAGGUAAGGUGGCUCAUCAGUUCUACUCCCAACUCCCCGAACAGUUCCAGAGCUUUCUGAUAUUUAAAUGGACCUAGAAGUUAAAGGCAUCGGCACAGCAUCAACACGCCAGAAGUCUGCAAAGGGCUGGAGGAUACGUUCAAGUGAUGCUUAUGGCCCCCGUCCUGAUGAUGUACCUGCAUUAGACUUGAGGAGACUUGAUGACUCAGAUGGUGAGAAUGAUUUAUCUUAUACACCUGUUAUGAAAGAACAUCCUCGCUUAGCGUCUCCAGAUCCGACCUCAACUGUUAGCUGGGGUACACCCUUCCCAGCUCCUUUUCCCCAUCGUCGCAUCUACCAUGAGCCAUGUCCAGUAGAAGAGUUGACUAUACCCGAGAACCUGCCUGUACCUUCAGACAAUUACAAGCUGAAAUAUCAACAGUACAAGGAGGAAAUGAAGAUGAAAUACAAGGAGCACACCCAACAAAUAACCCAGAGGAGCAAAUCAAGCUCUUCAGGUCGACAGCCAACACCAGCUAUUCUCCAGAUGCAGCAAAAGGAAUCUCCAUUUGGCGGCGUGGCUCCUGAAAGCCUGACUUCUCUUGAUGAGAAAGCAACCCUACAGCAAUGUUACACCAGCAAGCCAUUUUCCAUGGGGCAAAGUAUGAGGAAGUUGGAAGCAGAGGACCUUGCUGCAGAGAAGAGAAAACAGGCAGUAGUAGAACAAGUGUUGGUGGAUCAACUUUCCAGGGCAGUCAUCAGUGACCCUGGACAAGAUGUAGGCACCACCGAUCUGAGUCAGCAACAAACUAUUCUUCCUGGGCUUGGCUCUGCACCCCUGCGCUUUAAAAGUAGAAAAUUACAUCAAACUAGGGUAAAAACAAGUUCAACAUUGACCGAAAAUGUGCUGUCAAACAAGCUGCGCUUUGAUGCCCGGAUUAUUUCAAGGAAUGGACGCGAUGCAUGCAGAGAACUAAUUGGUUUCUUCUUUGCAUUUGACAAGUCUGUUACAGUAUAUGAACAUCGUCACUUCGGGAAAAACAGGACAAAAGCAUUGCCAUUCAUUCAAAGGGGCAUUUACUGUCAUCAACAUGGUAGGCGAAAGAGAAGACAGUAUGAUGUUGGAGAUUUCAAUGUGGGUGCAAAUCUAACCUUCCUGACUUCACAGCAUGUUGGUCUUCCGGCAAGUAUCCAAGAGAAACGGUUAUUAAUUUUACGGAUCAUUGAAAUUGAUGAAAUUGCAAAGCACUCAUUGCUAACUGGCAGCAAUCCAACUUUCACCCAACAAGAGAUUGAUGACAGAAAUACCAUUCUAUCUGUGCAAGGACUGAUGAAGGAAAAGCUUGUGAAUAGAGGGGUUCGCACGAUGACUGGUUUGGUGAAAUUUUUUCACCGGUAUGGACAGUGUGGAGGUGGUUUGCUGUCGGAAAUGGAACUAAAACAGGGUCUGAAGGAGUUCCACUUGGAGCUAGCUGACAAGGACUUUAAGUCUGUAUGGCUUCUACUCGAUCAGGAUGGUGAUGGUGAAAUAGAUUAUUACCAGUUUAUUCAAGUCGUCAUUGGAGAAAUGAUUGAGUAUCGUAAAGCAUUUGUUAGGAAAGCCUAUAUGAAGCUCGAUCCAAAUAAAACGGGUAGUGUUUCUGUGAAUGUCAUUAGCAAGUUCUACAAUGGAAGGAAACACCCUAAAGUCUUAUCAGGAGAAUGCUCAGAGCAGCAAAUUCGAACAUCAUUUCUGGACACAUUACAGGAGAACUGCAUCAACUCUGGAGAAGUCACCUACAGUGAAUUUGAAGCUUAUUACGAGGGGCUCAGCCUCGAAGUUGCAAAUGAUGAAGAUUUCGCUAACAUAAUGAGGAAUUGUUGGGCAUUGUGAGACAGCAGAACUUAAGGCAAAACUGAAAUGUUCAUUAUGUCUGUGCAAGCUAUUUUCCAUCAAUGUGCAUUUUGCAAAAAUGUGUUAAAGUUUAUUCAUGUGAAGAAUGCCUUGUGUUUAUUAUGAGGAGCUUUAGAUUUUCAGUCCCGGUGCAGAUAUUAUUAGGUUUUAUAAUAAUGUUUUAUUUUUUGUAAUGUCCAUCUCCAGUGUAGAUUUUCCUGGUGAUGGAAUACCAGAACCAUUGUUAGAAACCAGUGUGAAGAGGGAGCUUGCCCAAUUCUCUAUCCAUCGUAAAAAUGAGGCUUCAUUCCUCAUGGUCCCUGCUCUUCCACAUGCUUGGAGAUCUUGUUCUCAUUGUAGAUGCAGGACCAACAAAGUAAGAUCUAAAUGCUAACAACAUAUUUGUGCAAAUGUUUAAUGCCUGAUGAGCUGUCUGGCUGAUUUUAUGGUGUGUGCUUUUUUAUUUUUUUGAAACACUUAAGGGGUGAACAAGGCAAUUUGAUCUUUAAGUAGCCAGCCACCGAUACCCUAAAUUUUGACUGGAUAAAAUUCCAAGAGUUUUUAUAUAUCAGUAUUAUCUCCUGAGCUGCUUCCAAUGUUUCCGAACUUUCUAACAAUGUUUGUUUGUGCAUUCAGUUGUAAGCUCUUCUUAUGAUGGGCACUUCAAAAGUACUUAAUUGGCUGAAAAGCAUUUGGGAUGUUCCGAGGUUGUGAAAGAUGCUGCAUAAAUGCAAAUCUUGCUUGAAAUUAAUAGUUUUAAGUGCAAAGUAUGCAAGAAAAUCUCUGAAUUUUCAAUAGCAAAUUGAUUGGCAGUUAGCCUCCUUCAGUCUGAGAAAUUAUGGGAAUGUAGUCUCUGAAUUAUGAUGAGAUCAUCUGCUACACUUAUAGUUGACGUGGAUUACCUGGAACCAAAGUCUGUUGCAAGUGUCACAUAUAAAGUGGUUGUUUGUAGGUGCUGCACAUUGGCUGAACAUCUGCUUCUCUGGACUCUGAGGUUUCUGUAUAUUGAUCCCUGCAUCUGGUUUCCUUUUCAGGCAAAAAUGCCAGAUUGGUAGAAAGCUAUAUUUCCAUGACCUGUUUCAGUGAUAUCUUGUGUGGAAUUACACAGGAUUUUACAGCAGAGCAGCUAGCCAUUUGUGCUCAGCGCAAGUGUCACUCUAACCACUCUGCUUCAUGUCACAGAAUUAGUAUAACCAACUAUUCCUUUCUCCCUUGUGAAUAUCUCCAGCUUUGCUUUAAAUGCUUCCUUGCAAUUCAACCUCAACUGUUCCAUUUCUUUUCCCUUAUUAUUUUAAGGGAAAUGGGGCACAGCUGACAUGGCCAGCAGUUGUCACCCAUCUCUAAUUAACCUUAAAUGGAGUGAUUUUUGCUAAGCCAUUUCAGGGAGCAGGCAAGAGCGAACACCUUGCUGCAGAUCUGGAAUUGUAUGCAGGUCAGACUCCCUUCCCUAAAGAGCAUUAAUGAACAAGAUAGACCAUUACAACAAUCAGUGCUAAUUCUCACCAUGAGGCUAGUUUUCAACUCCAGAUGUCUUGAUUGAAUUUAACUUCCAUGAACUACUGUGGUGAAAUUUGAACCUAUGAUCCUCACUAUUUAGUCUGAGCCUCUGGAUUAUUAGUCUAGUGAUAUUAACAUACCACUGUCCCCUUGUCUGGUUCUGCAUUCUCACCUCUAUCUGGGGGGGAGAAAAGUAUUCCCUGCUUGUAUUUGCUGUCUUGUGUUAAUGACCUCAAGCACUCCUCUUCCCACUCAGUUCUUCAUUGAAGUAUAAGAUGGUCAUCUAUAUAGAACGCUGUCUAUCCAGCUCACCAAUCUUGCAAAUACCAUGCAGAAUAUGAAGAGACAAUUUUAUCCUUGAGAGGCCUGUUAUGAAUUGUUGCUAAUUAAGUUAUAUUAAUUUAUUCCUAUUUAAAUAGUGAAACUGCUGUGACAAUAAAUUAAACUACUUGUUAACAGGGUUCGAAUAUUUGAUUGGAUGUACUUGAGCUGCAUGUCUUUUGAUGUGUUUCUUUCUUUUGACUUUGUUGUAAUUUUUAAAUUGUAACUCCUUUCCUUAAUGUGAAAAAGUGCAUUAUAAUUACAUGAAUUGCUGAAUGG